CCACCAUGUAAGAUCCAGUAGAGCAUGUGCUCCAAGGUGGUCUAUAAGUCCUUGGAUAGAUGUGGCAUGUAUCGGCGUGAAUGUGAUCGGAAAGCGAGGAGAGAGAUGGGGAGAAGGCCUUGUUGCUCCAAGGAGGGACUCAACAGGGGAGCGUGGUCUGCUCGAGAAGACCAGAUCCUUACUGACUACAUUACGACACAUGGCGAGGGUAAGUGGCGAGACCUCCCCGAGAGUGCAGGGUUGAAAAGGUGCGGUAAAAGCUGCAGGCUCCGGUGGCUGAACUACUUGAGGCCGGACAUCAAGAGAGGCAACAUCACGGAAGAUGAAGAGAACCUCAUCGUCAGGCUCCAUGCACUUCUGGGAAAUAGAUGGUCGCUCAUAGCAGGCAGAUUACCGGGGAGAACCGACAAUGAAAUCAAGAACUACUGGAACACGUACCUCGGCAAGAAAACGUCGCCUCAGCUCUGCAUCAGAGGAUCAUCAAGACGGAAGGAAAACAAGAAAGGAGAGUCGUCGGUAGAAGAAGUGAAGGCAAGGGAUGGGCAACCGAGUCAGGUGAUUCGGACCACGGCUGUGAGGUGCAACAAGGUCUACCUCCCAUCGCUACGAGAAGAGCUACUACCGACCGAUAAUUACCAUAGCUAUGAGCUUACUCACCACAAUGAGAGCACGUCUUCGUUGGUCCUUCGAGAUGCUGGCCCUGUCGAUUUUCUUGCGGACUUCGACAUGGAUGAACUCAUUUCGAGCUUCGAGGAUGAUGGCCUCUUGCAACGAUGUAUUGACGAAGCCCACGACGACGGCAACUUCAACUCGCUAUGGUUCUGCGACGCCGUGCAGCAAGAUGCGAGAGAAGGUACUGGCUGCCCGGAAUCGCAUGCAGCCUUUGAGCUUGAAAGCUUGGCUUCUCCGAUGGAUUCUGCAGAAGGCGAGCAAAAGAAUUAAUGGAGGGCGAAGCAAAGGUAUCUUGGGAGUCACCCAUUUCCACUUUAUGUCGGAUGCAUUCAUGUGUUGGACCAUAAAAGUAAUAAUCCCCCUUCUUCGGCUCCUCGGAUAAGUUUAUGGGUGAUUUCUCUGUAAAAAUCCUUUAUUCAGCUUUUCUCGAAA